AAGGCACGAAAAAUUAUGAUAUAAUCCCAAAUUUCUCUCUAGUUUUGUUAACUUCUCCGUCUCGCUCUCUUCCAAAACUUUAUCCUGUCAACAAUUCUCUCUCAUACGCAAAGUCUCCCCAGAAGCCAUGGAAAGGCUUCUAUACUCAUCUUCUCCAACCCAUCUCCAGUUUUCCCCUCUCAAGCCUCGACUAGCGCCUUUUUGCUCACCAAAACUCGGUUUUUUUCCUCUUUCACGGCCCGAUUACAAGCGGUUCACCUCAGUUGCGUGCAGAAACGAGAAUUCAUCUCAGUUUUUUUAUUCUUCUUCAUCAAAGUUGAACAGUUUUAAGUCUAUCUCUCCUCGAGUUGACUCUCCCAAUGAUAUAAUACCCAAUUCUACUUCUCUUAAGCAGAUCGCUACUAGUGCGGUUGAACAGAAAAAGGCAAUUGCUGCUGGAACUUUUGCAGCACUCUUAGCUAUAAUUGUGGUCUUGAUCCAGCCAGUUUUUGCACCAGCAGCUUUUGCAACAUUUCAAACUGUUGCCAAGACUGGGGGACCUGCGGCAGCUACAGCCGGAGGCAGGCUGCUCCGCACUGAGUUACUGAGUAGUGCUUGGACUGGUUUCUUUGCCGGUUGCUUACAUACCCUCUCAGGGCCUGACCACCUUGCUGCUUUGGCUCCACUAUCGAUUGGCCGUACUCGAUUAGAAAGUGCUGUAGUUGGAGCCCUUUGGGGCUGUGGCCACGAUGCAGGUCAAGUUAUCUUUGGGUUACUAUUUUUGCUUCUGAAGGAUCGGCUCCACAUUGAAAUAAUCAGAAAUUGGGGCACAAGAGUGGUGGGAUUAACCCUGCUUGCUAUCGGUGCUAUGGGUAUCAGGGAAGCUACAGAAAUCCCCGCUCCAUGUGUUGCCCUUGAAAACGGUGAGUGUGAUGUUAGUGUCUAUGAAUCUCUUGAAAACCCUGCUGUUGUUAAAAAGAAGGUAGGCCUUGCUACAUUUGCCACUGGAAUUGUUCAUGGUUUCCAACCAGAUGCUCUUAUGAUUGUCUUGCCUGCACUUGCUUUGCCUUCACGUUUGGCUGGUACUGCCUUUCUUGUUAUGUUCUUACUCGGAACUGUAGUUGCAAUGGGAAGCUAUACAGUAUUUCUAGGUUCAUGUAGUCAGGCACUAAAGGAUAGAAUACCCAGAAUCACCGAGAAACUUACAUGGGCAUCUUCCAUUAUAGCAAUGGCUCUUGGAGUUGCCAUUCUCAUUAGCCAAUUUUUUGGAUAUAGCUUGUAUUGAUCCAUCUGACCCAUUAUCAAAAUCUGCAUUUUGGAAUACAGAUCAUAGAAAGAAGAAUUACUCAAUUUGUUCACCGCGACUUAAAUAUCUUACCCAUUCAAGUGAGAAAUGUCAUCCUUUUUAUCUUGUUUUGAUUUGAGAAAUCAUAGACAAAUUCUUAUAAAAUGUGCUUCAUUUGGUCUUGGAUUCUA